AUGACUAUAACUUUGAAGAUGCAUCCAAAUGGAGAGAAAUUCUAAAAUACAAUAGGUUCUGCAUUUCAAGCAUUUUAAAAUCAAAAUACUCAUAAAAGAUCAGGAUUUAAAUUAUUGAUAUAAUAAAAAAAUUAUGAAAACUUAAUUCAUAUGUAGUAAGAAGUACUCAAUUUGACAGGUGGUCUUUUAUCCACUUGCUCUUUUCUUAUAAACAAAACCACUAAAUCAUUAGAAAUGGGUUUGAGGAAAUAAUGGUAACUAAUCAGAACAUAGAAAAAGUAAAUGUAUAGGUACCAGAACAAAAGAAAGGAUUAAUGUUUAGAGGAGAAAAAUUCAAUUAUGAUUCAGAAUAUUUUGAAUUUAAAGAAGAGGAAAUAAGUAUUGAUAAUGAUUGGAGUUUUGAAGAGACAGAAUAUUUAUUCAAUUAACUGAAUAAAUAUAGUUAUAAUUUUAUAGUACUGUCUUAUAGAUAAUCUUAUCAAAAUAAAAACAGAGAUAUUUAUGAAUUGAAGGAUAGAUAUUACAGUGUUGUUAAUGAAGUAUUAUAGAAAAGAAAUGAAAAAUUACAUUUUCUAUAUAAUUUUGUUCUGAUGAAGAAUAUGAUCAAUUUAGAAAUAUGA